AUGUUAAUCGGGUUAAUUGAAGGUAAAUAGUUUGAUAAUUUAGCAUUUAAUGUGAUUUUCAAUUAUAGUUUAGCAAUAAUAAUAUCUCCAGGAUUGACAUCUUAAAUAUUUACUAAAACUAUUGAUAAAAAGGAAAAUCCAUUCAUUUAUGAUCCAAUUAAAUCUUAAUUCAAUAAAACAUAAUAAGCUAUAAAAUUGGAUCAAAGUACUUUGAAAUAUUGUGAUAAAUGUUGUUUACCAAAACCUUAGAGAACACAUCAUUGUAGUAUAUGUAAUAAAUGUGUAUUAAAAAUGGAUCAUCAUUGUCCUUGGAUUGGAUAAUGUGUUGGAUACUAGAAUCAUCGAUUCUUUAUUUUAUUCAUAACUCAUCUGAUGAUAGGAACAUUUUUCGUUUCAAUUUUAAAUUUAAAUAUAGUUAUGAGGUAUAAAUUUAAAUGGAAAUUUAGUAAUUAAUUUGAAGAGUAUAGAGUUCUAUAAUCAAAAGCAUUUUCAGUAAUUUAACCACUAAAUAUUUCUUUAUGUAUAAUGGCAUCAGCAUUUUCAGGUUGGACUUGGUAUUUGGCAAUGAAUGGAAUGACUACAAUAGAAUUUUGUAAUAAGAAUCAUGGAUUUAGAAAGAGUAAGAUAAUUCAGAAUUUAUAAUAAAUCUUUGGAGAUUUUGACAAUUGUAUAGAGAUGUUAUCACCAAGUGUUAGAGAUUUACCAUCAAAUGGAGUAAUUUGGUAUGAUACUAAAAUGGAAUAUUAAAAGAUACUAAAUGAAUUAUAGGAGGUAGAUGAAGAAGAUAAUAUUAGUUGA